AUGGGGCAGGCUUCUACAUGCAAGGUGAGGGAGGGGGUAGCAAUGCAGGGGAGUGAGUGGAUUGCACCAAGAAGAAGAAGAAGAAGAAGAAGGUUCAGUAAGAGGACGGGGGAGGAGGUUCCGCCUGUCCUUCAGCUCGAUACCAAUUUGCAGUACACAGCAGAGCUUAGCUCAAAUGAAGCAGCAUUCACGCUCGACCCAAAUUUGCAGUCUUUUGAUUGCAACCCUCAACUCGGUCCCAACCGUGUCAUUGACACAAUCGCCUCUGGGGUCGAGCUUCGAGAUCUAUGCUUUGAGUCUCUGAAAGAAGUUAGUGGAAGCUUGGAUGAGGUGAACCAUGAAAUCAUCCAAGCCAUCUUAGAUUGUAAGAAAGGUAAAUGGAAAAACCAGCAACUCUUGGAGCUUGUCAAUGAUUACUUCCAUAACAGUCCUCAAACUUUAGGUUUCUGUACGGCCUUCGAGAAAUGCCUAUCAAAAGCCCGUGAGAACCAGUCGUUGAUCCUUCAUGUUGCAUUGCCACAAUUUGAAAAGGAAGUAAAGAAUUUCAAGGCUGCUGGGAACCCAUUGACGGAGGAUUUCUUCCAGGAAUUCGGAACCAUUCACAAGCAUCAGGUGUUGAUGUUCCAGAAGCUGCAACUCCGAAAGAACACACUAGAUAAGAAGCUCGAAUUUGUAAAGCCAUGGAGGAAGAUUUCAAACAUCAUAUUUGCUGUAACUUCUGCUGCUGCAUUUACUUGCUCAGUGGUGGCGGCUUCAAUGUCAGCUUCUCAUAUUGUUGCUGCAGUUGCAGCGACUACUUCAAUUCCUGUAGGAUCAAUAGGUAAAUGGUUUAAUUCACUUUUGACAGGCUAUGAGAAUGAGCUGCAAGGACAGAUGGAAUUGAUUAGCUCAAUGCAGGUCAAGGACUUGGAUAGUAUUUGGGUUCCGGUUAACUGUUUGGCAAUAGAAAUCCAAACUCUGACGCAGAAUGCUAAUUCUGCGCAUAGGGAAGGGGAGGCACUGAAGAUUUUAGUGGAGGAUAUCAAGAAGAACAUAGAGGAUUUGAUCGAACAAGCUGAUAGAUGCAGCCAGGAUAUUCGAAGGGCGAGGACAGUUGUUCUGCAGAGGGCAAGUAAACAUCCCAAUAGCUAUAGUAACAAAUUGGUAUGCACUGAUGAGAGCUGA